AACAUAUACUCUCUUGUCUCUAACAUGGUUUAAACGCAGUUACCAGUACCACAGAGGCUGAAAACUAUCGGUUAAUGAAUUCGUCACCGAGGUAGUUCCGCCCAUGGAAGCGUCUCCAAUUGUUUCAGCCAAUAAGGAGUGACGCUAAACUGCUGCUAGCCAACGGCGGACGCUAACGCUGCAGAGUUCUGUAACUAGCACUGUAGCUGGUUGCUAAGGGAAUGAUCGGCUAACGGGACAGACAUUCCGGGAUGGAGAGAGGAGGGAACCGGAGUAACGUGUCCAGAGAUCCAGGGUUUAUGUCUCUCACCAGCUUACACAGAUCUUUCCCAUUACUUUGACAGCAUCAUGGAGGAUGAACAUGCAAAGCUCCGCAAACUGAAGCUGGAUAACCAGAGGGCUCUUCUGGAGCAGAAGCAGAAGAAAAAGCGUCAAGAAAUCCUUAUGGUCCAGCCAAACCAUGAAACAAAAAAUCGUCGUGCCAAGCCCCAAAAGCCCCCAAAGUGUGAGGAACAGACCCCACUUGUGCAGUCUACCAAGCUUAUGAAUAAUGUCAUCUUCAAUGGAAUUGAUGGUCCAGUUGAAUUCUUUAGUACGUCAAAUGAAAGUUUGCCCACCAAAAUCCAAAUCCUGACUGUGGGAGAGACUUGCACGGACGACGAGCUUGAAACAGACACAACCAGUCCUAGUUCCUGUGAGGAGAAGCUCCGCCCCAGCUCGGGCAAAAAAAAGCCUAAUUUUGAGUCUGGUGACAGCACAAAGCACCCUAGGUCAGGUGAGGGGAAGCCCCGUACAUUUUCAAGUGAUGGCAAACCGCAUCGUCCCAGCUCAAGUGACAGAGAUCGUUGUACAGAGUCUUUUAAGGGGGAAAUGCAAACAGACCCAGAAGUAUCAAAGCAAGAUCUUCAGCAGAAGCUGCAAAGCAGAGGUAUUUUAGACAGCAUGAAUUUUGAUGAAAAUGACUCAGAGGGGAGUGAGGAAACAGCUAGAAAUACACCACUAAGCUCAGCUUCCAGCAAAAAAUCUCUUACGGAAUCUGGAUUUGCAGAGACAUUGCCCGUUAGUCCCUCUGGAGACAUAGAGGAAAUUGAUGACCUAAAAGAAUUUGUUUUGCGACCUGCACCUCGUGGAAUCACUUAUAGAUGUCGUAUCAGUCGAGAUAAAAAGGGAAUGGAUCGUGGACUGUACCCUACAUAUUAUAUGCACCUGGAAAAAGAUGAUAACCGUAAGACCUUUCUUCUUGCUGGGCGAAAGAGGAAGAAAAGUAAAACCGCCAAUUACCUGAUUUCUGUCGACCCAACAGAUCUAUCUCGAGAGGGAGACAACUUUAUUGGCAAACUUCGAUCCAACCUGAUGGGGACCAAAUUUACAGUGUUUGACAGUGGUGACAACCCAAUGAAAGCACAAGAGAAUGGAGAUUCUCGUCAAGAACUGGCAGCGAUUUGUUAUGAGACCAACGUCCUUGGUUUUAAAGGUCCUCGCAAGAUGACCGUUUUGCUUCCAGGGAUGAAUGUUAAUCAUGAGCGGAUUCCUUUUCAUCCACAAGACGAUUCAGAAAGUCUGUUAGGGAAAUGGCAAAGCAAUUGUCAGGAGAACAUUAUUGAGAUCCACAAUAAAGCACCAGUGUGGAAUGAUGACACUCAGUCAUACGUCCUAAACUUUCACGGCCGUGUUACGCAGGCUUCAGUUAAAAAUUUCCAGCUCGUUCAUGACAAUGACCCGGAUUACAUUAUCAUGCAGUUUGGCCGAGUAGCUGAGGACCUCUUCACUUUGGAUUACAGUUACCCAAUGAGUGCACUGCAGGCAUUCUCUGUGGCUUUAUCCAGCUUUGACAGCAAGCUUGCGUGUGAGUGAAACAAACUACCAGCAAGCAAAUAAUAUAGAUAUAUAACGUGUAAAUAGAAAACGUUCAUCUGCUGCUUUUAAAACCAUUCCAACACAUAAAACCACUUAUAGGUAGACAUAAACAUCCGUUUGCCUUUUCGAAUGCAGUAAAUCCAAACAGAUAAUACAACUCAAAUAACGUUUCAUUAAAUAAAAAGGCUAUAUUUCACAUUAAUAUAUCAGGUGUAACCAUUCCUUGGUCAUACAGACCUUUUUAAAAAAAUACAAAUAAAUAAAAAAAAACUAAGCUCUGGCACGUAUUUAGUCACACACAAUGUAUUCUUCAAAUUGUAUGUACCUUUGCACAAAAUUAACAAAUCAUAUUGGAUCCAAAUGGUUUAUUUCAUUUAAAAAAAAGAGAAAAAAAAACGCUAACUUUUAUAUUUUGUAGUAAUCUGCCACAUAUGUGUUUUCUUGGCAUUAAAAAUAAAUACAUAAAAGAUGUUUAUGGGCCCCUAUGAGCCCCGCUAACAAGAUCUGCUCCAAAUGGAUCUCAGAAGCUCAAAAGCUAGGAUAUUCCUACAGAUAGGUAAAAAUAUGCUUAAUGUACUAUUCAAAUAUGAAUUUAACUAAUCAUUUGACUUUGUGAAAUAGCCUACAGGAUUGCUAUCUCAUAUCAUCUAAAUUUUAUAUAUAAAAAAAAAGAACCCAAAGACAUGCACAGAGUAAAAACAUAACAGCACGUAUAUUUGUUAUUCAAUAGUAUUAAACUGCAAAAGUACAACAUCUGUAAAAUAUAAAUGAAAAAGAAGUAGCACUAAUUACAGCUCCGGCCAUGUUUAUUUUGCUUUUUGUAAUAUGGGCUCGUUUAGUAGUUAGUGCAGAGAGAUGCGCUACUGCAUUCAGCAUUUCAGCUUUUUACCUCUAUGCCUGUGACCCAGCGCUGUCAGGUUUUUUUUCUGACAGAUUUCAAAUAGUUCAAUUUGCCUUCCCUUGUAUCAUGUGUCAUUAGCCAAUAACAAAAUGCAUAUAUGUAUACACUGAAUUCUUGCACAUGCUCCGUAGGAGUUGGUGCCCCAAAAUGUGUGCAUAUAAAAAGAUUGUGCAUAUUAUGGUAAUGGAAGUGAAUUAGAAACUUUGUUGUUUUGUUUUUUUAUUCCGUGCUCUAUUUGAAUUGUGAAAGUUUUUAAUUUUGAUUUUAGUGUUCCUUUAAUUCCAACCUUGCGCUUAACUGUAUAAAAAAAAAUACCUCAUAAAGUUCAUUUUUAAUAAAUUGACAGAAAAAUGCACUAAAAUUGAAGUCAUCUUUAUCAAUUCAAUAACCAUUGUGCCUUUUUCCUUUAUAUUUUUAAAAGAUUUUAAUAUAUAUGAAUCCCCAAAUCCAAACAGCUAAAGUAUAACCCAAAUAUAUAUUUAUAUAUACACUACAAACCUAAUGGAAAGGAUAAUCUAUAAAUCUGUAUGAUAAUACAAAUAAUCGAUCAUAAUCUCCAAAUGUGGUUUUAAACAAAAUAAUCUAAACCCCUUUGAGUAAGGCAAGUUAUCAAUUGUUUUAGAGAAAAAUCUUACUCUUCACAAAGGAGCAGUAUACACUUCCCAUAGGGUGCACACGGCCAUUUUCAGAAUAAAUGAGCUCUCAUUGCAAGAUUUAAAAAAAAAAAUGCUAUCUCAUGAUUAUCUCAUAUUGUAUAUUUUCACUGUUGUUUCAAUAAAUGUGAUACAAAAAAUAAUCAAA